AUGAUAUAUUUGAAAACAUUACUAAAUGUAAUAGACAAUUCAGGAGCACAAGUAGUAGAAUGUAUAAAAGUAUUACGUCAUAACCCCAAAUCAUGUGCUCAUAUAGGUGAUCAAAUAACAUGUGUUGUAAAACAAGCAAGACCAACAAUAAUGGAUUCUGCAAAUUCUCAAAAUUCAAAUAGAGUUAAAAGAAGAGAUAUAUGUCGUGCUGUAAUAGUUAGACAAAGAGCUCCUCUCAAAAGAAAAGAUGGAUCAGUUGUUAGAUUUGAUGAUAAUGCUUGUGUAUUAGUUAAUAAAAAUGGUGAACCUUUAGGUACAAGAAUAAGUUCUGUUGUUGCUAAAGAAUUAAAAGAUUUGAAUUAUAGUAAGAUUGUAUCUUUAGCUCCAAAGACUUUUUAA